AUGUGCUUGGGUAUUCGUGUUGGCAGUCGAGGCUCUGAGGUUCGGGCGUUCUGGGGGUGCUGGCAGCCGAGGCGGAUGGCGCGGGGCUGGGCCGGCUUCUCUGAGGAGGAGCUGAGGCGACUAAAGCAGGCUAAAGAUCCAUUUGAACCACAGCGGCGUCUUCCUGUGAAGAAAAGUCGACAACAACUUCAACGAGAAAAAGCCCUUCAAGAGCAAAGCCAAAAACUUGGACUUCAAGAUGGAUCAACCUCAGUACCUCCAGAGCAGCUGCUUUCUGCACCAAAACCAAGCUUUAAUAGUUCAAAACCACAUUCUUCUUUCCCUGUUCCUUCUAGUCCUCUUACACUCACCUCUCCUGUUGGUGAUGGAAAACCACAGGGUGUUGAAAGUCAACCAAGGGAACUGGGACUCGAGAAUUCCCACAAUAGUCACAAAAACGCUGAGAUUCUACCCCCGAAGCCAGAUUGCAAAAUGGAAAAAAAGAAAGUGGAAUUGCAAGAAAAAUCUCGUUGGGAAGUCCUUCAGCAAGAACAACGGCUAAUGGAAGAGAAAAAUAAACGUAAGAAAGCUCUUUUGGCUAAAGCUAUUGCAGAAAGAUCUAAAAGAACUCAAGCGGAGACCUUGAAACUAAAGCGGAUUCAAAAGGAGUUACAGGCUCUAGAUGACAUGGUGUCCGCUGAUAUUGGAAUCCUCAGAAACCGGAUCGAUCAGGCCAGCCUUGAGUAUUCAUAUGCUCGGAAGCGGUUUGACAAGGCUGAAGCAGAGUAUGUUACAGCAAAGCUAGAUCUCCAGCGCAAGACUGAAAUUAAAGAGCAACUCACUGAACACCUCUGUACAAUCAUACAGCAAAAUGAGCUCCGCAAGGCCAAGAAGUUGGAAGAGUUGAUGCAACAACUGGAUGUACAAGCUGAUGAGGAGACUCUGGAGCUUGAGGUGGAGGUGGAGAGAUUGCUGCAUGAACAAGAAGCCGAAGCAGAGAAACAGGUGGUUCAUUUGGGGAGGCCAUUUCAGCCUUCUGGGGAGAGUGUGACAUUAGGAUUUGCCAAAGAGAACAAAAAUCAUCAAGAACACGCCGCUUCCCUAAAGGUAGAUGAACAGUGUGAAAAUCCCAGCAGCAUUCCCCUUCAAAAUCCACACCAAAAUCAAGAAGUUAGAACUCCUGUAAAGGCCAUUUCAGCUGCUCUGACCACAUGA